AUUGCUUGUUUGUACCACAGCAGGAGAAGUCAUUCAGACACAGAAUAAUGCUUCUUCAGUACUAUUUGGUGUUCUUACUUACAAUUUAUUGUAUGGGUCACAGUCACAACCCUAAAGGACAUAUUAAGAAAGACCUGAAGACAUUCAUAAAAUAUUAUGAAGGGCUAUCAUAUGACAAGCAUCUCCUAAAUGAAAGGCACCGGAGAGCAGAAUCAGCCAUCAGAGAUGAAGACAAGUGUGUUGAUUUGGAAUUCCAUGCUCAUGGAAGGAAGUUCAGACUGCAUUUAAGAAGAGACCCAAGUGCUUUUUCCCAAGAUUUCAAGAUACAAGGAGAAGCAACAUUUGAAGGACUAGAUGUCUCUCACAUCUACUCUGGCAAAUUGCAAGAUGAAGCAAAUUCAUUUUGUCAUGGUUCCAUUACUGACGGCCAUUUUGAAGGGUUUGUCCAGACUAACAAUGGCACAUUUUAUAUUGAACCCAUUAGGAGAUAUACAGAAGAAAAUACAAAUUACCAUUCUAUAAUUUAUCAUGAAAAUGACAUUGAUUAUUCACCAUUAGAAGAAUCCAAAAACCUUUCAUGUGCAGUAAAAAGUCUACAACAAUUUCUACAACAUCGUACAGUAGAUGCCGUAAACAGGGAAUCGCCUGGUAUGAGAUCAGCAAGGAGUAUUGACACCUCAAAAACAACAUGCUUAUUACAUCUGCAGACCAGCUAUUUAUACUACAAACAUUUUGGGAGUAAAGAAGCAGCAACUGCACAGAUUUCCACAUACAUUAAGGCAGUAAACAAUAUCUUCCAAAAUACAAACUUUGAUGGCAUUCGUCGAAUUAACUUCAGAGUGAAGACAUUGAAGAUACUUCAGGAAGAUGACCCCUCUAGCCCCAUGUCCUCCCCUUUCAUUGGUCCAGAAAAGCUGCUCAUGCUGCAUUCAGAAGCCAAUUGGAACAGCUACUGCUUGUCGUACCUGUUAACUGAUCGCGACUUCAGUGGGGUUCUGGGACUUGCUUGGGAGGGAAGACCUGGAAAUCAUGGUGGAAUAUGCUCCAGAUACAGCAAGACCACAGGUGGCUCGAUGACAUCUUCUAACACAGGGUUAAUUACACUGCAGAAAUAUGGUCAAUAUUUACCCCCAAAACUGGUUCAUCUGGUACUGGCACAUGAACUUGGGCACAGUCUGGGAGCAGCGCAUGAUGAGGGGGAGAGAUGUAUGCCAUCUGACACAUCCCUUGGGAAUUACCUUAUGUAUCCCUACGCUUCCGAAGGAAACCAGCCCAACAAUAACAAGUUCUCCCCAUGCAGUAUUAAGUCCAUUUCUAACCUGUUAAAAGUGAAGAAGGACAUCUGCUUUCAGGUGAGCGACCUUCCUAUUUGUGGAAAUCAAAUUGUGGAUGACUGGGAGGAAUGUGACGUAGGUGAUAAUGAUAACGACCCAUGUUGCUACAGCGCUACCCAGCCAGAUGAAUUAAAGUGCAAACGAAAGCCAGGCAUGCAGUGCAGCCCUAGCCAAGGCGUAUGUUGCAGUCAUGAGUGUGACUUUAAACCUUCCAGUCAAAUGUGCCAAAGGGAGUCAGAGUGUGCCCUGAAGAGCUUUUGCAGUGGUAUGGCUCCAAACUGUCCGGCAGCUGCUCCGAAACCCAACUACACUCUGUGUAAUAUGGGCACACGGAUAUGCUUGAAUGGGUUUUGCGAUAAAUCAGUGUGCGUGAAAUAUGGUUUUGAAAAAUGUGACUGUAGCAGUACAUCAAUGGAAGGAAAGUGUCAGCUGUGCUGUCAAGUGCCAGGAAACCCUGAAACAUGUACCAGCACAGGUUCUUCAACUCUACAGGCAUAUUUUAACAGCACUCAAGUCAAACUGCCUCCAGGCUCUCCCUGUGCAGACAAGCAGGGCUACUGCGACAGACUUGGCAUUUGUCGGCUCGUAGAUGCAGAUGGACCAAUUGCCAGACUGAAAAACUUCUUCUUGAAACUGGACAAGUUUGAAGACAUAGCAGAAUGGAUGAAGUCACAUUGGUGGGCCAUCCUAAUAAUAAUAAUGACAUUGGCUGCUCUGAUGUCCAGUACAGUUUUCCUGUGUGGAAGGACCCUGGAUAGCGACAAAGAACAAGGUCCUAAAGAUGACAGCAGGAAAGUAGCAACUAAACGUGGAAGGACACAAAUUGUCAUGGAUAAUCCCUGGGAUGAAGAAGAUGAGAAAGAAACCAGGAUCUAGUAUAUAUAUAUAUAUAUAUAUAUAUAUAUAUAUAUAUAUAUAUAUAUAUAUAUAUAUAUAUAUAUAUAUAUAUAAACAAAUGAUCGACAGUGAUUUGACCUUCACUAUCCUAUCACAUUAUCAGCAUACUGAAAUAUUUCUGCCACAGGUGUAUGAGGCAGAGAACAUCACUGUGGGGGAGUGCCCUUUAAGCUUCAUGAUUACUUAAUUGUGGUUUAGCUAGUGUACAUUUAUACAGGGUUUUACUAAGUCUAAUAGAGUUUAUUCAUGAAAAAAUGCAAAUGUUAGGACCUAAAUAUAAACAUUUUUUAUAGAAAUCAGCUACAUGAUGAAAACAAUCACUGCAUUCCUCUUCUUAUUUAAAAAAGGGGCAACUUUAAUUAUACUUGAAGAAUAUUAAACAGAUGCCGACAUGCUUAUGACAUGCCUUAUAUUCCAGUCACUUAAUGAAAGGGAGUAAAUAAUCUAGUUAGCCAAAAGCUUUUUGUCCAACUUGUAAUGUUGCCUUAUGAAUCAGCCAAAAAUGACAUCAACAGUGGUUGCUGUAAGGUUGGAUUGUCUUACCCACCUUUAAAAAAUUACCUGAGGCUAAGAAUGGGAGAAGCAAAAUAGAGGCGAAACACUUCUGAGGGCACUGAUAUAGUUCUUUGAAAAACUGCAGAAGAGACAUGGAAUAAAUCAACAAUUCUGACGACUUUUGCAGACCUUUAAGAAAUGUCAGCUUUGUGAUCUUUUCCUUACAUAUUCUGGUGAGCUUGUGCAAAGUUUUGGGUGGAAAGGAACAGGAAGUAAUAACUACAUCUGCUGCAUACCUCUCAACUGCCCAGAUUUUCGCAGA